AUGUGGGAGAGCCAAGCUUCGGCACGAAUGGGUCGGCUCGACCGGAGUGAUACCACGGCCUCACAGAAUACCGGCGUGAAACAACCCAGCGUCGUGUUUCGCCGUGUUGCGAGAGAGCGUCAGACUCUUACUGACUUCAAACCACCUUGUUCCUUCUACUGCUCAAAACGGAGAUCGAUGUUCAUUAUUGCACUUUCACUCGUAACGCACCUGGACAUCGGUCCUAUUGGGCCCCAUUGGUGGUGGUCCAAUGGGUCUUUAAGGCGCACAUGGAACGCAACGCGUGGUAUUUGUAAUGAUGAAGGCAGAAGCGACGUAAAGGUUGUACAUUGUGGAAUUAAUAAUAAUAUAAAAAAAUAUGAAAAUUGUAUUUUUGUGAUUCGUGCAAGGCGUUUGAUCAAAGAUGACGCUAUCACCUAUAGCGAGACAAUAGCUGGAUCUACUCAUUUAGCAGCAUUGUCGGCUGGAGGUGUCAUUGCUUACCCAAGUGUACUGUUGGAACAACUGAAAUACAAUGAGACAAUGAUCAAAAUUGAUUUACACAAAGGAUCUUGGAUUGGAUCCGUCCACGGCAUCGCAGGAUUACCAAGCGUCUUCCUCCCUUUCAUCAUGCAAAAUCAGGGAAGAAGAUUUGCCUUCAUUUUAAGCUGCAUCUUCAUCAUGUCUGGCUGGAUCAUAACUAAUCUAGCACAAAACAUCGCGACUUUAAUCAUUGGUGAAUGCUUCCAUGGCUUAGGCACCAAUUGUCUUAUUACAACAACUUUUUUAAGUAUCACCGAGAUGGUUUCUCCUGUGUACAGAAACUCCUGUCUCUUACUCUACGGCGCUGUUCAAGCUUUUGGAAUAUCUUCAGCAGGUAUUCUGGGCAGAUAUCUUCAUUGGAAGACUAUAGGAAUCAUAAUGGGCUCUCCAGUUCUUGUAGCACUUCUAAUCGGUUUUGCUUGGCCAGAAUCACCUUCUUGUUCGGCAAACGAGCAGGCGGAUUACCUGGUGGUAAGCAAUCAGCGCCGUCCAUGGACACCCGUAACGGACGAGUUACGAUUGCGUUGCCGACCUUUUCGGGAUUAG